CGCGCUGAUACCUCCUGCCGCACCGAUAGAGUGAUGGGGAAGAAGAAUAGGAAUCUGCCAAAUGUCACUUGUUGGAAAUGCAAGAAUCAGUGGCAGCCGCCCACCAGCACUACGCCGACGACAUCGACGGACAAGGUCGCUGUACCGGCAUCAACGAAUGCGACCAUUGCAUUGCCUAGGUCUGUUGCCUCCGCGCAGACCAAGCCAGCCUCGUCUUUGUCAUCAGAUUCCUUCUAUUGUCCAGAAUGUAGCGGGCGGUACGAAACCUGGGACGGACUCUCUACCCAUUACCCCAUCGUGCAUGCAACAUCACCAUGGAAGCCAUGUUCCGUAUGUCAGACAUUCGUGGUGGACAAGCAAGAGCAUUACCGGCGAUCACCCAAACACCCGAAGUGCACGGUGUGUUCCGAUGGUUUCGAGGAUACUACGGAGCUCCAGAAGCAUCUGGCGGGAAGAGGCUCCUGUGACGUGUGCAACGAACAUAUCGUACCUCCAGUCACAAUGGACGAACACUACCGCCUGUCGUCAAAACACCCCAAAUGCGGAAAUUGCUCGAAGGCGUUGAAGGAUCGGGACGAGCUCGAAAUGCAUAGCAGAGAUUGCCGCCUGAUAUCACCAUCAGUAAUUGCGGAUAUGACACCUGUUGCAGAGGAGUUACUGGAGCCCCUCGGUUCCGAAGGUCAAAGGGAGGAACAGAAUGAUUCAGAGGGUACUCGGGGCGCCGCCGCUAUUGAACUCCCCGUCUCCCCCAGCCCCAGUCAGUCUGAAAAGGACGUACUCCACCAGGUGAGCAUAUGUUGUUCCUUGAUCCUUCUGUACAUAACACUUCCCCAGAGAGACGAACCUCAGGGAGAGGCCUCGUCUGUUGUCGAUGUCGAUGAAGACCGUCUUGUAGUCAUGCAGGACGAGGACGAUGUUUCUUCUAUAUCCAGGGGUUCGUUGAAGAUGGCAAGCCUGUCCAACGCCCCAACUCAGUCAGAAGCCCCACUGGAUCAUGGCGGCUCGCUCUAUCAACCGUUCCAAACAGUGUCCGGAAGAGACGAGCCACAACACUCUGCUCUGAGCAACGGCCCGUCAGAUACUCCGGACGCAGCUUUCCGAGCGCCGCCCGCAAAGCAAGUUGAGGCUGACAGCGAGCCAAAUACGAUGACACAAUCGCGAGCUCCAGAAAGCUCUCCAUCGUGGCAUUGUCGAUCCUGCCUCCGAGACCCUUGCAAGGAUCCCAUCGCGACGGUAUGCGGCCAUGUGUUCUGCGAAGGGUGCAUUGUUCGGGAGCUCUUAGCGCGUUUGGCAUGUCCC